GACAUAAGAGAACAUGUUGCAGAGGAGAAAUUGUGUAUCACAACUAAGAUCGCUCUUUUUUUUUUUGAUAUAUUGGCAGCUCACACUAGUCUCGCGUGAGCACUACUUUUGAAGUUAAGAGACAAAAUACUUUACAGAGGUGGAGGAACAGAUACAAAGCGUAUCCAGAGAAUUUCUUCAGUAUGAUCAGCAGCAAAGAAGGCAACCCAAUCAGCAGCUCUAUUCAUCUUCCGAAAUACAUGCACAGCCUGAAAGAUGUCACACUUCCGUAGUAGCCGUCGGAUGUCCUCUAGAAGCAGAUGGUCGAACACCCCACCCCCUUAUGUAGAAUCCCCUCAAUCACCUCUAAUGAAUCUCCCUUCAGGAUGAUGCUCCGGGCCUCCAGAACUCAUCUCGCAUAAGAGACACUCUUCCAGACGGCCCUGAGUUUUGCCCGAAACUAAUGACUCGAAAGUGUGCUGUCCUUUCGCUGCAAUCAGCCUGACCUCAGGAUCCCUAAUCAUAAAGGCUACACUUGUGCCUCCCCUAUCAAAUGGCAAACUACUAUUAAAGUUCAUCUUAAGGCGGUCGAAAAGUGGGGGCUCCAAGGAUAGCGGAUCACUCUUCGAGUCCACAAUAUACUACUGUAGUCAGCUCGCCUUCUUUCCCAAGCCAAUAUCAUGAGAACGCGAGCCCCACAGCCACGCAGAGCAGAGAUUAGAGAGAGAAAGCGUCCCAGGUACAACAGCAGCAUCUCCAAGUUAAAACCAUUAAAAAUACCCCAGGCUUCUUCUCCAAGACUCCUACCCUUCCUCUCCCUUUCCUCUUUUACUGUUCCAUACCAUUAAAGCACUCACGCCCUUCUCCACGCCUGAAACAACUACCUGUCCUCCCUCCUCCUCCUAAAAGAAGACGCCAUUGAAAGGGAAAAAGAAAACAAGAAACACUGGGAGCAUAAAACGUUCUCAUUGCUAUCUAAAACUACAACUCUUUGGAGGAGAGACCGGAAUCAUGAGAAGGAAAUCGGGCAUCCUCGUUGUGAUGUUGUUGUUGUGUUCAUUCGAUACGAGUUUGGGGACAUUGGAGCCGGUGGACUACCUCGCCCUCCAGGCGGUCCGCAAGUCGCUCUACGACCUCCCCGGCUCGACGUUCUUCGCCGGCUGGGACUUCACCGGCGACCCCUGCGGCUUCCCGGGCGUCUUCUGCUCCGCCGGCCGCGUCGUCGCCCUCGCCCUCGGCGACCCCCGCGCCGGCUCCCCUGGACUAGCCGGUCGCCUCUCCCCUGCCCUUGGCCGCCUCUCUGCCCUCGCCGAGCUCUCCCUCGUCCCCGGCCGCGUCGUCGGCCCCAUCCCCCCCUCCCUCUCCCUCUGCCGCUCCCUCCGCUUCCUCGCCCUCAGUCGCAACUUCCUCUCCGGCGCCGUCCCCACCUCCCUCCCCUCCCUCCGCGGCCUCCGCACCCUCGACCUCAGCUUCAACCUCCUCUCCGGCCCCAUCCCUCCCGCUAUCGCCGGAAUCCCAGCCCUCUCCAACCUCAUCCUCUGCCACAACCGCCUCUCCGGCCAAAUCCCUCCCUUCCCCUCCUCCUCCCCUCUCCUCCGCCUCGAUCUCAAGCGCAACUCCCUCUCCGGCGCGAUCCCCGCCCUUCCCGCGUCUCUCCGCUACCUCUCCCUCGCCUCCAACGGCCUAUCCGGCCCCGUCGACCGCGUCCUCCCCAGGCUCACCCGGCUCAACUACCUCGACCUCAGCAUGAACCAGCUCUCCGGCCAGAUCCCCGGCCAGAUCUUCUCCUUCCCCGUCUCCUCCCUUCAGCUCCAGCGGAACGACUUCUCCGGCCCGGUCCGGCCGGUCGGCUCGCUGGCGGACGGGGCGACGGUGGACCUGAGCUACAACCAGCUGACGGGGCCCGUGCCGGGGAAGCUGGCGGCGGCGGGGAGGUUGUAUCUGGAUAAUAACCGGUUUUCCGGCAAGGUGCCGGCGAGGUUCGUGGAGAGGGUGGUAUCGGGGGCGAUAAAGGUGCUCUAUCUGCAGCAUAAUUAUCUGACGGGGUUUGGGAUCAGUCCGGCGGCGACGAUUCCGGCGAGUACGUCGCUCUGUUUGCAGUAUAAUUGCAUGGUGCCGCCGGUGGAGACGCCGUGUCCGGUGAAGGCCGGACGGCAGAAGACGCGGCCGGCAGCGCAAUGUGGCUGGAGGAAAGGGUGAGCAGAAUUCCGAAGCGACCUGAAAUUGUAAUUUCUCCUUUAUUUUGCUUUUGAAAACAUGAUAGCGAAAAAAAUUCCUUUUUUUUCAUUUUCAAAAGAAAGGAAUAUACAGAAAGGGGCUGGAAAAAUGAAAGUAAAAUAGUUUUUUUUUUA